AUGUCUCUGAUCCAAGUCUGCGUACUGGGUUCGUUCUCUUUCGCACUCUGCAAGGCCCUCGCAUUCCUACUACAACGAACACACGGCAUCGACCUCGAUGGACCCAACAGAGGGAAUUGGUUGACAGGCAAUAUCAUGUCCCUCUUUGAAGGUGGUGUUGACUAUUGCGUGCAUAUUGCAGAGAAAUAUGGUGGAGCAGUGAGGCUCUAUGGGCCGCUAGGCGAGAUCGUAUAUGUGUCUGACCCACGCGCAUUGUAUCACAUUGUCGUCAAAGACCAGCACAUCUUUGAAGAACCCAACCAAUUUAUCAUGUCAAACAAACUUGUUUUUGGUGAAGGCCUGAUAUCCACCAUUGGAGAGCAACAUCGUCGGCAACGCAAACUUCUUAACCCUGUCUUCUCAACGUCAAACAUGCGACGACUCCUCCCCACACUACACCCCAUCUCCGACAGACUCACAUCUAUCCUCGCGUCCAAACUUCCCGCUGACGGAUCUCAUAAAGAGAUCGACGUCCUCCCAUGGUUAUCGCGUUGCGCUCUUGACGGUGUCUGUCAAGGUAUCCUUGGGUACCCCUCCAACACCCUUUCAGCAGCAGAAAAUGAUUCGUACGCGGAAGCAUUGCGGAAGAUCGGCCCCUUGAUCGGAAAGCUCAUGAAGGUACGGUCGAUCACGGCGUUUGUAAUGCAAAACUGCUCCCCAUAUUGGGCGAGGAAAGUGCUUGAUUUGGUCACGGUGCCCUGGCUCCCAACGCAGUAUAUGGCAGACAUACGGGAGAUGCGACGCAUUGUAGAAACAAUGGAUAGUGCCAGUCGAAAGGCGUUUUUGGAGAGAAAGGCAGCCAUGGAAGCGGAAGAAACACCGGACCUUAUUGACACUGCGUGUAGAGACAACGAUUCGAUGACGUCGAUGAUGGAUAUCAUGCUAAAGGCCAAUGCAGUGUCAUCUAACACAGAACGGCUUACAGAUGCUGAGUUGUUGGGACAAAUGAACGUCAUGGUAUUUGCCGGCCUCGAUACGACCACCUCUGCGCUUGCCCGCUGCAUCUAUUUGCUUGCGCAACACUCCGGUGCUCAAGCGAGACUCAGGAGCGAGAUCCGCGACGCCACCAAGAUACUUGAAGAAGACGGUGACAUGCCAUCCGCAGAAUUGCCUUUUGACGUCCUUAUGAGCCUACCUUUCCUCGACAGUAUCGUCAAAGAGACCCUCCGUCUCUAUCCGUCUCUUCCAGUCAUGGCCCGAGCAACGUCCAAAGCAAUAACCCUCCCUUUGCAAUUCCCCGCGCGUUCCCGGUCGGGUGGAUACACGUCCGCCGUCGCGAUCCCGGAGGGCACCGUUACAAUCAUCUCCAUCCUCGCUGCGAAUCGCCACCAAGGGUUGUGGGGUGCUGACGCAAAUGAGUGGCAUCCUGAACGGUGGCUUUCAUCCCCUCUUACUGCUCCCUCACAAGCACAAGAGGUAAAAUAUUCUAUGGAUGGGGAAGAUACUGUAUCCAUGUCGAGAUCUGCGCCUGUUAUGGGCGUCAAGGAUGGUGUGCGGUUUCCUGGUGUGUACUCCAACAUGAUGACGUUCCUCGGCGGUAGCCGCUCCUGCAUCGGGUUCAAAUUCGCAGAAAUGGAAUUAAAACAAGUUAUCGCAACGCUCGUGCUGCGUUUGCACUUCUCGCUCCCGACGGAACCGAAUACACAAGGUCACGUGAAGGAGAUUCAAUGGAAGCUACAAGCAUUUCAUAUUCCUGUGGUGAAGCCCCCCGCUGGGGAUGGCGUAACGCCACAGGUGCCGCUGAAUGUGCGGCUGGUGAAGAAGGAUGAUUUUAUUUGGAACGCUGUUGUGUGA